AUGGCGUACACGCGUGCCGCGCCCACGCUGCUGCUGCACACCAACUUGCUCCUGAUGUUGUUCGCGGGCGCAAUUCUGUCGACGGCAGCGCGGUUGAAAUGGGACCCCACGGUAUACGUCGUGGCGCGCGAGCUGUUCCCGAUGGAGUACCGCUCCGCCGCAGCCGUGCUGACCACCGCCGGGUUCACCAUGCUACUGCUGGCACAGCUGGCACUCGUCGCGCUCAGCAGCACCCGCCCUGACUUGCGACGCGGACUACUCAUAUUGUUCGCGGCAGUCACGGCGGUGGUACUGUGGUGCGAGGCGGCGUGGGUGGGCUGGUUAACGCUACGGAUAUUACGCUGGACACGCGGCGCGCCAGCGGCCGAGAUGCGGCACGCUGUGCAGGUCACCGACCACCUGGGGCCGCUGCUGGAGCACCUCGCAUACUACAACCCGCUGCCCGAGAAGGUCCACCAAAUCAUACGGGAAGCGAAGGCUGAUCUCCCACACAAUCUGUAUGUUCUGGGCUGCGCGGCGGGUAUCAUGGUGGUGCUGCAGGCAAUGUCGGCUGUAUUGGCACUGCUGGCGGCGCGGGGCACAAAGAGGCUGCGAGCACCCAGCAUCGCCUACAGCACCGUCACCACCACCACGCCGCUGAGGAGGGGCGGCGCGGAGAAGGCCCCGCUGCGGGCCGUGUACCGGAACGGGCGCCUCGAGGUGCUGUGA